AUGGCACGGAAAAGGGAUUCUGGCUGGGAGUAUCCUGAUAGGGUUGGAGACACUAAAAGUACUGUUCAGUGUCAUUAUUGCGGGAAGGUCAUAUAUGGAGGGAGAACGGAAUUGAAACAGCACAUUGCUGGACUACUGGAAGCUUGUCCUGCAGUUCCUGCUGAUGAGUCAUUGAUGUUGAAGAACCAUAUAAAUGGUGGUACAGGUGAAAGGACGUCAUUGAAGAAGAGAAGAGCAACAUUUGUUGGUGGUUUCUACAAUCAGAGUUUGUUUAGCAACAUACAAGUUGUUGAUGAUGGGGAUGAUGAUAUCAGUGAAAAAGAAUUAGCACUUUUGGAGAAAAAGCAGCUAAAGCAGGCCUUGGAAGAGAGUCGUUUCAUGGCCAUAAUUGAGGAGAAGCACCAUAGAACUGAUUCUUCUAGAGAUUCUGCAGGUAUAUUUGGUUGCAGUCAUACUUGGGAUGACGGUGCUAAUGUUAUUACUGUAACUGAUGAUAUGGAUGGAAAUGUUGGUGAGAAUGGUUUGUCAGAUUUGGAGGUAAAACAACUUAAUCAGGCAUUGGAGGAGAGUCGCUUUAUGGCUUUUCUGGAGGAAGAACAUAGAAAUUCAGGUGGUGAUGUUUGUCCCACCGCGGCAUACUGGACUGGUGUCGUAUCAGGAAUUUGUGGGCCUUCUUCCAUUUCCAGCAGUAUGGAUGGAGUAGCACAACAUGAAACAAAAAGCAGCAAUGUACGUCCAUUAAAAGGACGAACUAUGAAGGAGCAAGCGAAUUCAGGGCCGAAGGAACACUUGUUGCGUCCACAGGAAGAACAAAAUGGAAAGGAUAGAGAAGGAAAAGAAUCUGAGCCUGAACUUGAAACCUUACUCGUUGAGAAGGAACAAUUGGUAGCUCAGGUUGAAGAUUUGAACAAAACUUUGUCUGAGAGAGACGAUGAACUCCAGGACAUGGAAGCUCUAAAUCAAACGCUUAUACUUAAAGAGCACUCCAGUAACCUCGAACUACAGGAUGCUCGAAAAGAAUUGAUUAGUGUUUUGGCAAAUAAUAUCAAUACAUCCAGAAUUGGAGUUAAACGGAUGGGAGAAAUUGAACAAAAACCUUUUUCUGCUGUCUGCUCCAAGAAAUACCCUUGCUCGGAAUGGGAGAUUAGAACAUUGGAGACAAUCUCGUCUUGGCAAGAAAAAGUGAAUAACCCAAAUUGGCAACCAUUCAAGAAAAUUUGCAAAGAUGGGAAGUGGCAGAGUUACAAGGGGAAAAUCCAAAUGGCAAACUGCGAGGAGGAGUUCCAAGCACUCAAAAGAUGCGCCGUCGGUCUAGCAAAGGAUAUCGACUACAGAGAUAAACAAUUGUUCGAUCUGGAAUCUUUAAUGGAGAAGAAGGAUAGGAUGCUUAAAGAAGCAAUUGAAGAAAGGGAGAGCUUAAGACAACAACUUGAGAAGCUGAGGAAUAAGAUAAACGAAAAUAAAGAGAUGAAGUCGCGUAUAAAGGAUUUGCAAGAUGAAAAUGGUAGCCUGAAGGAUGAAGUCCAAGUGUUGAUAUCCAAAGAGCGCCUUUCCAACGAUGAAUUGCAAGAUGCUCGUGGACUAUCUGGCUAUAGCCGGACUUCUGUUGGGAUCAAAAUAAUGGGACAAAUAGAUGGGAAGCCUUUUCAAGCAAUGUGCUCAAGGGCCCCUGAUGGAGCAGCAAAAUCUGCUAAGCUCUGUUCAAUUUGGGAAGAAAAUGUGAAGAACCCACAUUGGCAUCCGUUCAAAAGAGUUGAAAUCCUUGGAAAAUUAGUAGAAAUGAUAGAUGAAGAAGACGAGAUGCUGAAGGAGCUGAGAGAGAAAUGUGGGAAAGAUGUGUACAAAGCAGUGGCAGAUGCAAUGGUGGAAUUGAACGAGUACAAUUCUAGUGGAAGAUAUCCGGUGCCUGAGCUAUGGAACUUCAAGGAAGGGAGAAAAGCCAGGUUGAAGGAGAUCAUUGAGUACGUCCUCACUAAACUCAAAACUCUAAAAUCCAAAUCCAAAAGAAAGAGGUCCUAA